GGUUUCACAAUUUUUAUUCAAAUGCAAAUUUGGCAAAUAAGUCUGUAAUAUAAAUUUCCUCAUGCACAUAAAAAGCACCCUUAACAUAAAAUUGUGAUCUUUGCACUCUUACCUUACGUUUGCACCUCGAAAACUCAACUAGUGCCUUCAUCGUUUCCCUCGGUUUUUCGAGUUUUCUUAGCUUUCAAUCUCAAAUUUACGUGUUUUUCUUCUUCUAUCCGUGUCGAAUUAUUUAACUUAACAAAUACAGUGGUUACACGGCAUCUGUAGUGGUUAUAACCUAAAAAAAGUGUUGUUUGGAUCGAGGUUUUCGAUUGUAUAUAAAUAAACACAGCGGGAUGAAUACCAGCUACCUGUCUUCGCGGAUGAUGAUGGGUGCUGCAGUGGUGGGGCUGGUGGGAGCCGCCGGCAUGUUCAUAUACGAGCAGGUCUAUGCGGAGAAACGAAGGGCUAUGUUAGUGACGGAAGUGGCUCGCCUUGACAAGCAAGUGUCUUCGAUGAGAAUAGAAUUGGAAGCAUUAAGGGAACUUCAAAAAGAAACCCACCUCCGCCGCUUGAAACAGAAGAAGCGCGUUCGCCGCGAGGUGGCGCCACCGCGCGCUGCUGUCCCAUCGGACGCGGUAGAUGGCGUUGACGGCGGGGAAAAAAGCUAUGCUUCCGACUCCGAGUAUUUCACUGACUACCAGUCUAUUAUUGGUACCGACAACGAGAUGGACAGCGAGGGCGAGUUCUACGACGUGCCGACGGACGAGGACGAUGACGACACGCUGCGGGACUCGCUCGGGAACGGACACGCGAGCACGCUGAGGGUGGACGAUCUCCCACUAGACAAAGGUGACUCGCCGACAAAAUUACCACAGAACAGCACAUAGUUGACGGAACACAGUCAGUUGCGGUUGCAGUCAAGAAUCUUAGUCUGAUAGUUGGGCUUAGGGGGUUAUAAUAAUAUAGUGACGAAAACACUGAAAGGAUAAUAAUAGAAAUAGGUACAUGGGUUUAUACAAUAAGAGUAUGGACCUACCGAGUGACUGUUAAAGUUUCUUUGAGUAUUUAUGAAUUUAUUGAUUUAAAUAACACUUAUUCAUACACGAUACAAACAACACAAACGAAAGACCCGAGCACAAAUGUUUGUCUUUAAACAAAUAUCGGCCCCGGCCUGGAUACGAACCCGGGACCUCGGCAUGAUUGGAGUCAUUCAGACAAACUAGACUGCCGGGUCAGGACUGCUAUAAUUAUUUAUUAUUUUAUAGCUAGGCUAGGACGGCGGGCUAGGACUGAGCAUACUCUUAUCAUAUAAACCCUCAUUUAUGGGUUAAUGUAUUUUUCAUGUAUCUCUCACUUUAGCAUUCUCAUAUUAUAUAAUAGUGACAUGCAGAGUGGAACUUUAUUGAAUUUCAGAAGGUAGUGCUUUUACAUUAAACGAAAAUAAUAUAUAAACACCAAGGAGAUCUGGCUCUUGAGUACAAAUGUAUUGAGAAAAGUUGGUGUCUCGCUUUCGAGUCACCUCUGACUACCCCUUCGGGGAUUAUA